AUGUCGGGUUUCCGCGACGAGGAUGACAACUUUGACGACCUACUGACCCGCUCCGGUGGGCUGGGAGGUCGCUCGACCCUGUUCACGACGGGUGGGUCCGGCGACGAGGAGGAGCUCAACUCGAACCCGUUCGCGGACUUGCCCUCGACGUCGCAGAUGCUCGACCACUCCAACAGCACCUACCUCCCCCCCGCUGCACCGUCUGGGUUUUAUCGCUCUCCUCCCAUCUCGCCCGUCAGCGCUUCAGGUGGUCAUCUCGGUGGAUUCGGCUCGACGACGACGACGACGACGACGAUGACGAGUGAUGGGCCGAGUUCGUCCCAGCAGACACCUUCGUACGCCAUCAGCACCGGCCACGACUACACCGGAGCCACACCGAGUCGGUCAACCUUCACCCGCGAGAACGCUCCCGAACCCGAAACGCCCUCCUACUCGAGGACGUACGAUCCAUCGCAGUACGACGACGAGCUCGUGCGGUCCACGACGACGACGAUAGGGGCCACAGCGCUCUUUGGCGACAGCCAAGAUAUCCAACACGACGAUUUAGGAUUCAACGACUCGACAGGUCCCCAGUCACCCUUUCAGUCGACCUACUCGCCCCCACCUCAGUCCGUGAUGGUGCCCGUCGAAGAACAGACCCCUUUCGGCUCACCCCCACCCUUGUCCCCCGUCCGUCUCCCCGUCUCGGUCUUUGACGUUGACCCGACCGUCACCUCUGCCUUGUCCUCCUUCGCUCCACCGACGAUGCACCGACCCCUCCCGCGCAAACCUGAUCUUUCCUCCCUAUUGGGCGAGGAGAAGCCGAUCCUCCCCUCCUUCAAGAAGAGUACCCCAUCCGCGUCGAGCAAGCGAGGGGAAGGCGUUGCAGGUCCGUUGGGAAGUAAGAUCGCCGUCCUACCCGUCAGUUCGAUCGGGAGAAGAACCGUUCCGGGGGCAUUGGCGACUUUGUUGGGCUUGGAAGUCGAGGAAGAUGACGAAAAGGAGGUCAGGCCCAAGUUUGAGAAGAAGGGGCCAGCGAGGAAACCGGCCGUUAUUGCCGCGACAACACCUGUGGUACCACCGACGACAACAGCAACAGCGAUCAAGACUGUAGAGGAUAAGAAACCUGCUCAGACAAUAGAGUCAACUGAGCAGCAAACAGACAAAGUUCCGUCGAGCUCAGCUUCUCUGCCAAAGGAUUCCACCGAGCCAGUGGCUGCUCCCGUUGAACCCGAGCCCGCACCGAUCCCUCCCGAAUCGACGGAAUCGAUACCCCCUUUGUCGCCGACCAUAUUGGAGACGAACCUCCCUGAAUCGCGUCCGGAAACGCCCCAACAACCCCUUACCUCGACUGACCACGACUCGGCCACGACUACGGUCAACUCGCAGCCUUUGAAAGCGAUCUCGCGCGUGUCUUCCAAAGCCGCGUCGAUGCGCUCCGUUGCAUCGAACGAUGCUGACCACGAGGACGACGAAGGUAGAACCAAGUAUGAUUCAAUUGUUAGUCCUAUGGACACGGGCGAUGUGAAUGGAACGGAAACGAACGCGAACGCUUGGCCAGCGAACAAGAGUGGUGGGGGGUCGAUAACCUGGAGGAGAGACUGGAAGCUUUGCGCGUCGAGACGGAAGAGACUGGGACGUCGGAAGACCGGAAUAGAGCGGAUUCCAAGAUGCAGGAUGUAGAUACGGCGACGGAUCCUGCUUUCGCGCAAUACAUCUUUCAAGAGAGGCCUGUGGAUGCGGAGGGAAAGGAGGAGGAGCAGGAUCGAGGAGGGGCGUCGAUCGGACAUGCGUCCGGGGCGAGUGAGGAAGCGAAUAGCGUUCGGGGGACGUAUAGUAGGAGUGUGGUCACAGGUGAUGAGGAUGUGAAUGGCUCAGAGCCAGUGUCUGGAGUCGAGGUAAGAGGGUAUUGGGUUGUACAUGGCGGUGUGAAAAUGUUUCAUCUGACGAGCUGGUCCUUGCAUGGUUUUCACAGCCCACCUCGUCGCCACCAUUACCGCCAGUCCCCAAGCCAAGCUCGCCAACACGAAGUAGCCACGCCGGUGGGUCACUAGGACCGUCUUUCAUCAUUACCGUCGGCGAUCCCCAAAAGAUCGGCAACCCGCUCAACCCGGCGGCUCAGCACACCGUCUACACCGUUCGAACACGGGUAAGUCGUCACUCUACUCCAUCCUCGUGAUUACCGGGUAGGGUUUGCUGACAAAGGAUUGUGGUUGUUGUGUAUAGACUACCUCGAGCGCUUUCCGAAAAUCCGACUUCUCCGUCCUGCGUCGCUUCAGCCACUUCCUGUGGCUCUACGACGCCUUGACGAUCAACAACCCAGGUGUCAUUGUUCCUGGUAUGCCGGAGAAGAGCGCGAUGGGUACGUUUGAACCCCUGCUGUGGCAAUAUGCUUGUGCCGGGAACUGAACAUUUGCGUUGAAAAGGUCGCUUUGGCUCCGAGUUUGUCGAAAACCGACGACAAGGAUUGCAGGCCGCCCUCAUGAAGAUCGUAGCCCACCCGAUGCUGGUAGGGGAUCCUGAUCUAAGGCUUUUCCUUGAGAGUGACUCGUUCUCGGUGGAUGUACGUCGGGCGGUAUUUUGGAUGCACGCCUUUACCGCUACUGAUGAGCGUGAACUCGUUUCCAGAUCAAACAACGCAAACUCGACGUGCCCUCUGAAUCGAAGGGCUUCCUCGCCUCGCUUGGCUCUGCGAUCUCGGGGCCUAGCUUUGUCGAGUUUGACGACUACUUUGACGAGCGACGACACCAACUCGAGGCAUUCGAGGCAGCACUUCGUGCCCUUAUCACCUCACUUUCGAACGCGUCCAAAGUUCGACAUUCGGUGCAAGACAGUCUGGCCGAGCUGCAGACCUCUCUCGCAGGACUGGCCUCGUGCGACCUAUCGAAAUCGUUGAGGGGUGCGAUCGACGAAGCCUCGCGCGUACAACAGAGACUCUUCGAGAUCGGUGAACGCCAUCUCGCCUCCGACGAACAAGUUGGAGCGUUGAUCAACGUCGCCGAGAUGUAUGCACGGUUAUGCGCGAGCGCUCGCGGCGUGUUUGGUGCGAGGAUCAAGGCGUUCCAUUCGUGGCAAGUGGCCGAGGCGGGAUUGAAGAAGUCGAAGGCGGCGCACGAGAAGGCUAAGCGCAAUGGGAGGGGAAUGGAUGCUAGUCUAGGGUUGGCCGUCGCUGAAGUCGCUGAUGUGAGUCUUGCUUUCUUUUUUAUUUCACAAUUGUUUCCGCCUCUUGCUCCUCUCGUCGCCGGUCUCGACCGUGCUUGUCUGCUCUCGGGCGAGGGAAAUCACGCGUUGACUUCGCUCGAGAGCUGAUCACCCCAUGAGACCCACCUUCCUGUAUCCGAAUUAUGCGCGGUUCAGGACGGCCACUUACGCUUGAUCAUGGGCGACCAGGCGGAACGCAAAGCCCUCGAUGCCAAACAAGACUUUGAGGACGUGUCCAAAUUGACCAAAGCCGAGAUGGCUCGGUUCGAUAAGGAGAAGAUUGACGAUUUCAAAAAAGCGAUCGAGGCGUAUGCGGAUGGGAUGGCUGAGAGGCAGAGGGAGGUUGUAGUCGUUUGGCAGGAGUAUUAUGAGAUGCUGCAGGGGAUGGUGCAGCAGCAACAGGCGGGGUCGACGGGGGUGCCGGCAGUGGGGGAGCAGUGA